AGGAGGAGGAGGAGGAGGGGGGAGCGCUUGCAGGCAGCGGGGAGUGUGCGGCUGCGAAGGCGCCGUGCGAGGGGAGGAUGGAGGGCUCUCACCGCCGCCUCCAGCCCGGGCGCUGAGGGCCAGCGUGGCAGGGGGGGGUCCUGCUGCCCCUGUCCCCACACCCCCAGAGGGACGAGGAAGGACCCCCCAGCGCUGACGGGUCCAAAGCGAGCCGGCCCUUUGUCUGCCGGCGGGGCUCUGCCCGAGCCAGAUGUGCGGGCAGCUGUGCAGGGGAGCGGCAGGCGAUGCCAGCGGCGCCGGGGGACGGGGACAGACUCCAAGGGAACGACCUUGAGGAGGAGCCCGGAAGAUGCAGAAAUGAAUCCCCUGGGGAGGAGGAAGAGCUGAAGCUCUGACUGAGGCGGUGCCAGCCCUGGUGUUCCCUGCUCUGGGUUGGGAGAGGAGGGGGCCAGGCAGAGCCGGCGGCAGGAGCUGACGGUUCCGGGGGCUCCCAUGGAGCAUCUCCUCCCCCGGGGGCUGUUCCCACCCGGCUGUGCCCUCUGAGCCUUUCCCUGCCCGGCAGGAGCUGCUCCCACGGCCCAAGAUGAGCUGCCUGCAGACCAGCUCCCUGCUGCUGUGCGUGGUGGCCGCCGCCACCACCAUGCCCACGGUGCCCUGGAGGGUGAGGUGCCCCCCUCAGUGCAUGUGCCAGAUCCGACCCUGGUACACGCCCCGCUCCGUCUACCGGGAGGCGGCCACGGUGGACUGCAACGACCUGUUCAUCUCCUCCGUGCCCCGGGACCUGCCCGAGGGCACCCAGACCCUGCUCCUGCAGAGCAACAACAUCGCCAGGCUGGAGCAGAGCGAGCUGGACUACCUGAGGAACCUCUCGGAGCUGGACCUGUCGCAGAACAGCUUCUCCCACGUCCGGGACUUGGGGCUCAAGGACAUGCCCCAGCUGCUCAGCCUGCACCUGGAGGAGAACCAGCUCUCUGAGCUGCCCGACAGCAGCUUCCCCGGGCUGGGCAACCUGCAGGAGCUGUACCUGAACCACAACCAGCUCCGCAGCAUCGCCCCCCGCGCCUUCGCUGGCCUGGGCGGCCUCCUGCGCCUGCACCUCAACUCCAACCUGCUGAGGACGCUCGACAGCCGCUGGUUCCAGAUGCUGCCCAGCCUGGAGAUCCUCAUGAUCGGGGGCAACAGGGUGGACGCCAUCCUGGACAUGAACUUCAGGCCCCUGUCGAACCUGCGGAGUUUGGUCCUGGCUGGGAUGAACCUGCGGGAGAUCUCGGAUUACGCCCUGGAGGGGCUGCGGAGCCUGGAGAGCCUCUCCUUCUACGACAACAAGCUGGCGGACGUGCCCAAGCGGGCCCUGCAGCAGGUGCCCGGCCUCAAAUUCCUGGAUCUGAACAAAAACCCGCUGCAGAGGGUCAAGCAGAGCGACUUCACCAACAUGCUGCACCUCAAGGAGCUGGGGCUCAACAACAUGGAGGAGCUGGUGUCCAUCGACCAGUUCGCCCUGAUCAACCUCCCCGAGCUGACCAAGCUGGACGUGACCAACAACCCCAAGCUGUCCUUCAUCCACCCCAACGCCUUCCACCACCUGCCCCAGCUGGAGACCCUCAUGCUCAACAACAACGCCCUAAGUGCCUUGCAUAAGCAGACGGUGGAGUCGCUGCCCAACCUGCAGGAGAUCAGCAUCCACAGCAACCCCAUCCGCUGCGACUGCGUCAUCCGCUGGGUCAACAGCACCGACACCCACAUCCGCCUCAUCGAGCCGCAGUCCACGCUCUGCGCCGAGCCCCCCGACCUGCGCCGGCGCCACAUCCGCGACGUGCCCUUCCGCGAGAUGACGGACCAGUGCCUGCCCCUCAUCUCCGCCCAGAGCCUCCCGUCCCGCCUGGAGGUGGCCCACGGGGACAACGUGUCCCUGCACUGCCGGGCGCUGGCGGAGCCGGACCCGGAGAUCUACUGGGUGACGCCGUCGGGGGCCAAGCUGGUGCCGUUCGGGGCGGGCGGGCGCUACCGGGUGCACUCGGAGGGCACGCUGGAGAUCCGGGGGGUGGCCCCGGCCCAGGCCGGGCUCUACACCUGCGUGGCCCACAACCUGCUGGGGGCCGACACCCGCAGCGUGCGCCUGCUGGUCAACCACUCCUUCCCGCUGGGCCGCGCCGGCCUGGAGCUGGCGGUGGCGGACGCGCAGCCCUUCCACGUCCUGCUGGCCUGGAAGCCGCCCCUCAACGCCGUCUCCUCCAACCUCACCUGGUCCAGCUUCCCGCCCGGCGGUGCCCGCGCGGGCUCGGCCCGGCUGCCCACGGGCACCCGCAGCUACAACAUCACGCGGCUGCGCCCGGGCACGGCGUACCGGGCCUGCCUGCGCGUGGCCUUGGCGGACUCACGGGCCGAGGUGUCCUGCGUGAGCGCCAGGACUAGGGAGGCCGAGCUCGGCCGUGGGCUCCCGGGGGGCCGGCGGGGCCUGCUGACGGCGCUGGGGCUGUGCCUGCUGCUGCUGCUGGUGGGCGCCGCGCUCGUGGGCCGUGGAGGGGCCGGGGAGCAGCCCCGGGGGGCUCCUGGGGCCGUCAGGGUGCUGUACCCCCUCCACCCCGCCCUGGGCGGGCAGCCCUGGGCCCGGGGGCAGCACGGCAGAGGGGGGCACCUCCUGGCCGUGGAGGUCCAAGCGGCGCCCCUGGACUGCUGAA